AUGUUAAGCAAUUUGAUAAGAAAGGCUGAUUUGCUUGUUGAUCCUUAUGAAUUUAAUAUUUCACAUAAAUAGAAAUCUUUAACUCCAAUAGGUUCUAUGAUACAUUGAUAUAUAGGUGGAUUUAUCAGUAUAUUGCUUUUAAUUUUUACAUCCUUUUACAUUAUAGGCGUAUUUUAAAGAAGUAUCAAAAAUUAAACUGCAAUUUAUGCUGGAACUCAAAGUGAUUAAAGUGCUGAGUUUAUUUUAAAUAAUGAAAACACUAUAUUCGCAAUUGAAUUAUCAACAUUAAAUGGGACAAUUUUGAAAAAUAACACAGAAGUUAGCAAGUACUAAAAAUUAAUAUCUAUAGUUUCUUUACUUUUUCUGCAUAAUAUAUUUAGUAACAAAGAAUAGAAGAGAAGAUAGGAUUUACUCGAAAUUAUAGUCAAUUAAAUUAAACAAAAUGUUCUGAGGAAUUGAUCAAAAAAUUCAAUUUCAAUUCUGCUUCAAUGACUGAAGAACAAUAAUAAAAUUUAGUUUGUUUUAAUGGAGAUUUUACUUUACAGGGAUAAUUCUAUGAACCUUAUUUUGCUUAUGUAAAAUUAACUGUAAGUGUGUGUAAUAAUCGAACAAGCAAUACAUGCAAAUCAGCAUAAGAAAUUGAAAGUUUUAUAAACAAAGGGUAACAUUUAAAGUAUUCAAUAGAGUUAAUGUGGACAUGUUUAUAAGAGGAUCUAAAAUAAAACAAUCACUUAAUCAUACAAAUCCAGCUGAUAUAUUUUCUACCAAUAUAUUUUGGAGAUUAACUUCAGGUAUUGGAGAUAAUGAAGAUAUUUAUAUGUAACCUUUAUAAAUGGAUUUAAGUAUGUAAAUUUAAAUUAAACAUAGGAAAUAUUCAAUUUUUUAGUGAUCUUUUCAAUAUUGAAGACACUGAAACACUAUAUAAUAGCUCUGUAGUUUAAAGAUAAGAGAGAAGAUAAGAACCUAUAUCAAUAGUUUCUGGAGCAGCUCUAUGCACUUUCUAUUUAAGGUAUAUAAUAAUUAAAUUUUAUUAGAGCAUCACCUGAUACAUCUUAUUAUUUUGUCAAUUAAUAGGAUCUACCUUCAAUUAUUUUAUCAGCUGUGUCUGAAGCCACUGCUUUAUGUUUAGCUAUUAUGCAAAUCAUUAAAAUGGUCUAUAAAUUUUAUAAUGAGCAUAAAACAUUAGAAAUUCUGAUGAACUCUGUUUUUAAAUUUGAUUUUAAGGCUGUGUAAUAAAAAAAAUAAACUCAUAUUCACUAAUCAUAAAUUCCUAACAGAUCUAAUUCUUUUUCAAACAAAAACUCCAAAAUUUAACUACAAUAGGUAUAUUAUUGACACUACAUAAAAUAGAUACUAGAUUAUACUAUUAAUUAUUCUUUUUAUAAAUAUAUACUCUAUUUAAUUCGUAAAUUAUUCAAAAAUUGUUUUGGUAGAUGUUAUCAUAUAUCUGAAGAAAAAGAACUAGUUAUUUCUUAAAUUGCAAAAUAAAAAAUUGAGCUUGAUCUAGAUCUAACUAAUAUCUUAAAAAAACUAUAUGAAAUUGACUGUCUGAAACUUUUUUUAUUUGAUGAUGAUCAAUUAGUGUUAUUUAAUACUUUUAGCUCUCCCGUCUUUUAAGAUUAAAUGUCAGAUUAAAAAGAACUAUUUGAUAUUUUAAGAGCAAAUGCAAAAUAAGUCAGAUCUAUCAAUUAACUUUAAUAAUAAGCUAUUUAAUAAGGCAAUGUAGAUAAUUAGAAUGUAUAUUAAUAUGCUGCCACAUCUGCAAGUAUUCAAAUUUUCUAUUUUAGUUCCAAUUAAUGUAAGACUGGCUAAAUUAACAAGGUUUUUCAAAGCUUAAUUAGGAGCUGAAAAUGCAGAAGAUUUGGUUGAAAAUUUUUUAAAAAUUACUUAAAAUAAAAAUUUAAAUUGGUAAGCAAAUAAAUAAUUAAUGUAUUUUGCUAUGUAGAAUUAGAGUUUGUUUCGUUUGGUUCAAAAAAAUUAUCUAAAAGUUGAAGCUGAUCAAAAUUAAGAUUAAUAAAAAUAAUCAAAUGAUAAUUUUAAAUUAGAUAUACCAGAUGAAUUUGAUGAAGCAAAACUUAACUCUGAAGUACUUGGUAGUAAAGAAUCAUUUAAAGAUCUAGAUAUAAAUUAAUCUCCUGAUAGUUUUUAGAAUAGAUUAAAGUGA